UUUCAACCGUGCGCGACUGUCUUUCCAGUGAGGUAGAAAUCUGCCAUGUCUUGCUGCUGUGGAACUCCAGAAGCAGAUCCAGAGGAGCAAAAUGUCACGACAGCAGAGGAGCCCAAACAGUUCGGUCCUGCGCCCAAUCGCAGCUGCACGGACUGUUGGUGUUUGCUGGUCUUGGCCGCCUCUUGGGUUUGCUGGGCAGUGGUGACAACCAUGGGUCUUGCCGAUGGAAAUCUUGGAAGGUUGUACCAACCUCGCGACUAUAUGGGAGCCUACUGUGAUAUCGAGGACAAUUGGAAUGGCGGGCUCAACCUGAAAGGCUAUACGAAACAAAGCUUCACAAUGAACAUCAGCGCUAUCACGGACAUCAUCGUCAAGCAGAUGCUUUGCUCCACGGCUGCUGCACAAGUUCUUUCUGAGACGACCAGCUUUGGAGCUCCGCUGCUUGCUUUCGCUGACUCGCAGGCGUAUUUGGCAAGCUGCUGCCGAAUCCCGUCGGAAAGUUGCGAAGGUACAUUGCAAGUGGGUGGUGAUUUGGCCAGCACUGGCGCGAUUGCUACCGUGAUCACAGAGAAAUUGGAGGAACUGACUGGCAAGGUGAGUGCUGACAACCUCUUCUCACCUUCAGGUGGACAGGCGAUCCAAGAUCUGUGGGCUGAAGCAAACCUUUAUUUCAACGAGGUUUGCCUGACCUCUUGCGCUGCCAAUUUCGCUCUGGUGAAUGCCUCGGUGGAUACUUCGGACAACACCUCCACUUCGGCGGUCCGGGAGUAUGUCUUCAGCAUGUCACCCGACAACGAAUUGAAAUUGGCCUACGACACCAUUGCGACCUACUCCGGCACCCGGCAAGAUGUCAUCACCAUUAGAGAUGUGGUGCUUGAAAACUUCAAGUUUGAUGCACUGCCACUGGAUGUUUGUCCCUACAGUGCCUCCCGCUGCGUUCCAAUGCCCGGCGUGGAGUUCACGGAGUUGGUAGAAGGCUCCAGCUACUGUACUUUCAAGAUGAGUGCUGAUGUCAUCGCAGCUGUGGGAGAUGUGAUGAGUGAUACUUUGGAAGCCCUUGGCAUCAACGCCUUGAGCGCCAGUCUGAUGGACACUGUGGGCACUUGGAUUGGCGACUUCCAGACCUCCAUCGAUGCCUUCCUCCUGGUGUUGUUGUGUUCCUUCGUCGUUGGCUUCAUUUACAUGGUGAUGCUGCGGUUCCUCAUUGGUUUCUGCGUAUGGCUGUCGGUCUGCGCGUUCUUCUUGAUCCUGUGCUUCGCGGGAUUCUUCUCCUUCAUCACCUCCUCCCAAUGCGCAGGCGUUGGCAUCUUUGAGACGGGUCAGACCAUUUUGGUGGGUGCAGCCACAACCACCGCGGUGGCCAUCCAAAACAUCAUCGAUCAAACGACCCCUGCCAGUGAAGCCUUGUCGGGUCUCAAUGGAGGAAACUACACAGGAGUGCAGACCUACACCAAGAUGGGCUACUUCUGUGCGGAUUGGGGUCUUUCGACCAAUUUGAAUCCGUACUACAACUCCACCAACUACCCAGAGUCCAACCUGGUGAAGAACUACUGCCGAAAUCCAUUCGAUAUGGCGGACAAGUACAAGGCCAGGACAAUUUGGUGUCACACCACCGACCCAGAGGUUCGAUGGCAGGAGUGCAAUCCUAUCGGUGUCAUCAGACCUGUGUGUACCAACGGUUUCGAGGUCGCCAGUGAGGAGCUGCGUAUUGUUUUGGAGAUCCUGGCGUAUGUCUUGUGGGUGUUAGCCCUCGUCUAUGCCAUCGCCAUUUGUUGCCUCACCGACAGGAUCAGGCUGGCUGUUGCUGUGAACAAGGUGGCCUCAGUCUUCGUUGUGGACACCCCGCGCAUUCUGGCCCUGCCGAUUAUCCAGGCGAUCUUCGCUGGCAUUUGGACUUUGGCCUGGUGCUUCUCCGCCGCGUUCCUCCUCUCACAGGUGCCAGCUGAUUACGUGCCGACGGGCGCCUUUGCCACCUAUGCGGAAGCCUAUGGCACAGAUACUGUGCCAGGGAAGUGCACUGGUACCUGGCCGACCGGAGCAGUUUGGAAGGAUGAGGAGAACUGCGAGUCUAUUGUGAAUGGCACCGAAACCAUCAUUGCGUGCUGGCGAUGCUCGCAGCCCCGCUACUCCUUCGAUUGGCGCUUCUGGGUGUCUUUCUUCAACUACCUCUGGAACAGCGCUCUGAACGUCGCCCUCGGUCAGUUGAUCAUUGCAGGUGCUGUUUGCGUUUGGUUCUUCACUCCGAACAAUGAGAAGGGCAGCAGGAAAGCCUUCAUGACCAGCGUCUACAACGCCUUCCGCUACCACUUGGGCUCCGCCGCCUUUGGAGCAUUCAUUAUCGCGGUCAUUCAGCUCAUCAGGUAUUUGUUGAAAUAUUACGAGAAACAAGCAAAGGCCCAGAAGAACCGAAUCCUGGUCUGCAUCCUGAAGGUCUUGCAGUGCUUCAUUUGGUGCUUUGAGAAGUGCGUGAAAUUCCUGAACAAGAAUGCGUACAUCCAGAUUGCGCUGUACGGCACACCUUUCUGCACAUCAGCGAAGAAAGCCUUCUUCUUGAUCUUGAGGAAUGCCCUCCGCUUCGGUACCAUUGCAAUCCUCGGAAGUGUGAUCCAUGUCAUUGGCAUCAUGUUCAUUGUGGCCGGAACUGGUAUCCUCGGCUACUUCAUCCUAUCUGGACUGCAUCCCAACAUGGCCCCAGCCAUUCCGAUCCUCAUCUACUUGAUGCUUGGUUACAUCGUGGCUCGUCUCUUCACCAGUAUUUUUGAGCUGGCCGUGGACACUACCCUGCAAUGCUUCCUCUGCUGCGAGGAGCUCAACAUCGCUGAGAUGGGUCCAGAUGGCUUCGUUCCCUCACAACUGGAGCCAUGGCUGGACAAGUCGCAGCCUCCCGAGACGGCCUCCGCCAAGAAGGUCGCGGACGAGGAGGAGCGCCGCAACGCCCAAGCCUAGGCCACGACAAGCGAGGCCGCCCGCUGACCGCGAUUUCGACCGCCACCACGGCGGAACGGCGCCACGGAGCUGCUCCGGUGAUGGAAAGUUGGGAUUUUCCUGAUUUCGG